AUGACCGAGACAAUCGAUCAGCAUCCAAAAUACCAUCCCUCCUUCACCGAUGGUGACGAUCUCGUGAUCGCAAACGAUCACACUCACUUCGCGGCUCAGUGCGAGCGUCUUGCUGGUGGGAGUCAAGUCUUCAAGAACAUGAUUGACCUUCCUAAACCAGCAUGUAGCGUGAAUGGUGAUAGUACUGCCCAUUCUGAAGUCAGGAAGAAGGAAAAUGUCAUCGAUACGGGUGUGAACUCCAACCUUGCUGGAUACUUUCUCGCUUUCCUCGGUGCGGACAUCCCCCUCUUCCCGCCCACCUCAUUCGCCGAUACUUGCAAGCUCAUGCGUCCAUGCGAUCAGUUCGAAGCUUCGGAUGAAAAUGUAGAUUUAAUACGUGACAGACUUAUAAGCGAGAGCAAAGGUAACUUGUGGAAAUUAUUAGGAUUCGCUUCCAAGAUGGACGAUAGAAAACUCGGCCCAAUGGCUUUAAGGAAGAUGAACCUCGAAAGCUUCCCUCAUGGUAGAGAGCCGGAGAACAGUUGGGGGUCUGCCGCGUUUGUCACUCGGAUGUCGGAACUUUCACCAGCGUGGCAAGGGAAGCUAUACAGCUUAGCUCUCAAGGAUGAAAAGGUCACCGUGAACCGACUGACAUGGGUAGCCAGAGUUUCUAAGAAAGGUAGAGACUAUACGACUAGAGAUUGGGAGCCUACACAAGUCCCUGGGCUGACUUUUGUACACAGUUGGGAAAGGAUCUGCAAUGGUUUUGCUUCGCAUAAGCAGCUACAGUAUUACAACAUCUCAUCCCUUUCACUGAAAUAUGUCAAAGUAGGGCUGCACGUACAUGGCAGUACGUAG